AUGUUCGGCGCAGUUCUAAGAAGGCAAGGCCUUCUGCGAACAACAUCUCUUAGAUCAGGCUUCCUCCCCCUCGCCAGAUACUAUGCCUCCUUCCCGCCGCACACAGUCGUCAAGAUGCCUGCGCUGUCGCCCACAAUGACAGCCGGUAAUAUUGGCGCUUGGCAGAAGAAGGUUGGAGAUACCAUCGCCCCCGGUGAGGUCUUGGUCGAGAUCGAGACGGACAAGGCCCAAAUGGACUUCGAAUUUCAAGAGGAGGGCGUUAUUGCUAAGAUUCUGAAAGACGCUGGCGAAAAGGACGUACCUGUUGGAAACCCAAUUGCCGUCUUAGUCGAAGAGGGCACAGAUGUCUCCGCCUUCAGCUCCUUCAGCUUGGCCGAUGCGGGAGGUGACGCUGCGUCGGCUUCCAAGGAAGAGAAGAAGGCCGACACCCCGUCCGAUUCCGCACCCGCUCCGGCCCCGACACCUGCUCCAGAACCGGAGCAAUACUCCUCCGAAGGAAAGCUUCAGACUGCCCUUGACCGAGAACCCAACAUUACUCCGGCUGCCAAGCGACUAGCUAGAGAGAAGGGCAUUGUCAUCUCCAGUCUCACUGGUUCCGGUCCCGGCGGCAAGAUUACUGAAGACGACGUCAAGAAGGCCUCCGCAACCGCCGGUCCUUCCGCUUCUGCAGCCGCCUCCUUCGAAGACACCCCCCUGUCCAACAUGCGCAAGACCAUCGCCAGACGUCUGCAAGAAUCUGUCAGGGAGAACCCUCACUUCUUCGUUACCAGCCAACUCUCCGUUACCAAGCUUCUAAAACUCCGACAAGCUCUAAAUAGCUCCUCCGAAGGCAAGUACAAGCUGUCGGUUAACGACUUCCUUAUCAAGGCUAUUGCUGUCGCUUCCAAGAAGGUUCCUGCUGCCAAUUCAUCGUGGACCGGUGACUCGAUCCGCCAGUACAACAGCGUCGAUGUUUCCGUCGCCGUUGCCACUCCGAAUGGUCUGAUUACUCCUAUCGUCACCGGUGUUGAGGGUCGUGGUUUGGAGUCUAUCUCGUCUAAGGUCAAGGAGCUCGCUAAGAAGGCGCGAGACAACAAGCUCAAGCCUGAGGAAUACCAGGGUGGCACCAUCUCGAUUUCUAACAUGGGCAUGAACGCUGCUGUCGAUAACUUCACCGCCGUCAUCAACCCCCCGCAAGCUGCUAUCCUAGCCGUCGGUACCACGAAGAAGGUCGCUGUUCCCGGCGGUGAGGACGGCACUGGCGUUGAGUGGGAUGACCAGAUUACCGUUACGGCAAGCUUCGACCACAAGGUAGUCGACGGAGCAGUCGGUGCGGAAUGGAUCAAGGAGUUCAAGAAGGUCGUCGAGAACCCUCUAGAGCUUCUUCUAUAAAUGAAUCAAACUUUUACGUACCUAGGGGCGUCGGGGCAUGAUUGGUCUAUAGACGGGAUGAAAUCCAUGUAGAAUUAUGCCACACGAAUUUGUACUAAUAAAUUCCUGCAAAAAGUGAAUCUUUCGGUGGUAAACUGGAUUCCGUAUGGCUUAUGCGAGGGAUGAUGUGUACGUAGGAUUUGGCCAUAUAUGCGAAUGGAUUAUUGAGACUUACUUUGAGUCUUUUAUUUACCGCUCUACCCCGUUCUGAUGUCUAGUUUGUUUGACUUGGGUAACUGAUAUUAGUUGUUAUGCAUCGGGCACUACAGUAU